AUGAUUGACCCAAUUGAUAAAAUUAUUGAAGAAACAUUUGUUUAUAAAAUUGACAUGCUUCAUAAUCUUUCUUUAUCAUCGAAUGCUUCAAUGAUUCGUUACGCUUUAGCAUAUAAAGACUUUAAUCCUAAUGAAAAAUAUCCUGAGGAAGAGAUAGAAUCAAGUUUUGAAUUAACGAAAAAGUAUUGGAAAUAUAAAAUUGAAUCAUAUAAGAAACAAGAUGAAAAAGCAGAAAGGGAUACUAAAAAUAAUGUUUCAAUGGAUGAUUUUCAAUACUAUCACGAUUUAAUCCUUUCAUCUAAAUGCAAAAUGUGUGGUAAAGCGUUUACAUAUGCAAAUAAACCAACAUUGGAUAGAAUCGAUAAUGAAAAACCACAUACCAAAGAAAAUUGUCAGUUAAUGUGUUGUUAUUGCAAUGUCGUAAAAUCAAAUAAAGAUGAAGAUGUUCAACGUUUAAGAAUCAAUUUAAGAAAUUACGCAUUAAAAAAUAAUUUACCAAUGACUUUAGAUUCAGUUGAAGCUUAUCACAUUCUCCGUAAUGGAAUUACUGGUGGUCUAUCAAAUGUUCAACAUCGUGUUAAUCUUAAAGGAAUCACGCACAUUAAUAAACUUUCAUAUAAUCCAGAAACUAAAACUGUAUCAAAUGAGGACACCACCAACAUUAUGACUCAUUUCGUUGGUGUUGAUUUUAAUUCAUUAUAUCCUUCAUCAUUUUCAUCUAA